CACCAGUCAACAAACGAAUAAAUCACUUUGCUGAUAAACAAGUUGGCUUCAAAAUAACACAAUGACCGAGGAAAACUAUGCUGGUGAUAAUGAACCAGUCGUUCCGCGUGAUGUGCGUAUUCUUCAUUUGAUCCUUGCUGCACAGGGAGUUCAAAACUAUGAAGACCAUGUGCCAUUACAACUGAUAGAUUUUGCAUACAGAUACACGUCAGGCGUACUGAAAGAUGCUGUCGUUUACAACGACCAUUCUCGUGGUAGUAGCGGCAAUGGUCCCCUGACUGGUAAGAACCUCACCACUGAAGACGUACGUUUGGCUAUUGCUGCAAGAACGAACUACCAAUUCAACCCUGUUACACCAAAGGAGCUUCUGCUUGAGCUGGCAGCUGAAAGAAACAAGAAGACGCUACCACCGGUACUUCCCGGUGUUGGUAUAAGACUUCCGCCAGAGAAGUACUGCUUAACCGCAAGGGACUGGUCGCUGAGCGAUGAAGAGGAUGCGAACAUGGAAACGUGAUGGCCGUGUUCGUAUAUCUCAUCUGUAUACUAAUACAUCGUCAAAUCAUUACACACACAGUGCGAUUACACACACAGUGGGCUAUCUCACACGGUCUCUGAGGUACCCUGUGUAGAGAGUAAAAAUAGCCUGGGGAAACAACCAC